UGACAAAAAGGCAUUAUUAAUAGAAAAGUAUGUUAGGCGCCAAUAACCCGAAUCAAUGUUGCAGUUUUCAACUGGUAAUUCGUGAUUAUUCCCUUGGUGACGAUUUACAGAAAUUGCUGCGGCUGCGGCUGCGGCGUUGGGUUUACUGUUCGAUACCUGUCUCGCUUUCUUUGUUUAACUGGUUCCUAAAGUCUACGGGCUAUCAAAGUAUAAGGGUAAAUCACCCUUAAUCAUACAUGUAAAAUCUUUCGGCGUUGAGCUCUUGACCGCAAGAAAACGAUGGGCAGCAAACUAGGUAAACGCUUUGCUGGAUUGAAAAAUCAGGGAGCCACGUGUUAUCUAAACACAUUACUUCAAACAUGGUUCAUGACCCAGGAAGUUAAAGAAUGCAUUGCCAGUUGCAGCUGCAAAGAACAAGAUUCAUUAAUUGGUGAGUUGCGAUGUCUGUUUGAACAAUUAUCACAUGGGAAUGAAUGGUCCUUAAGCACAGAACGGUUGACCUCCCAAUUGAAUUUGAAUGUUUACGAACAGAGAGAUAUAGAGGAAUGUUUUCGCAGUCUGGUGAACAAGCUGAAUAGCAAAAUGGAUCAGGAGAAUAACCUUCGGAAGGAGAGCAAUGACUCCAGUGUCACAGGGAGAACAAUGGCCGGUCACUUCCUUCUUGUGCCUCACUCCUGUGAAGUUCCACCUGGGGCUGAACAAGAGCAGCCAUACAGUCUUGUUCACAAGAUUUAUCAGGUCACCAUGGUUAACUCAUUGAAGUGUUUAAAAUGCACACAAUCCAUGGAUGAAGACACUUUUCUCCUGGAUAUACCUCUAUCUGUUUGCUCGGCUAAUGCUGCAGAAAAGUUUGAAUCCAUGGAAAAGGGUCUUGAACAGUUUUUGAAGGAGGAAAAAAUGGAAGGUGACAACAAAUGUUAUUGUAACAACUGUGAUAUGAAGACUGAAACAUCAUCAAGAUACUAUUUUAAGCACUUGCCGCAAAUUCUUACAUUUCAGCUGAAACGCUUUGAAUUCGAUUACAACUGCAUGGCAUUUCAGAAAAUUACAGAUUGCAUUACUUUUCCACUUGUUUUGGAAUUUACAAGAUCUCAGGAUGUUCCUAAUGAAUGGUGUCUAAAAUUAACAGUGAACAGGGUGAAUAAUGGGGAUGUUGGAAAUGACGAAGAAACACCGGUUCGCCCACAAGAAGAGAAGCUGGAAGAUUCUGAGGACAUUAUUCCUGAGACCCCUCAAAGUCACUCACAGCAAGAUUCAACAGGACAAGAGGUGAAUAAUGUGGAUGUUGUAAAAGUCGAAGAAACACCUGCUCAGGCACAAGAAGUGAAGCAGGAUCAUUCAGUGGACAUUACAGGAGGAAAUCCUGAGACCCCUCAAGACCAAUCACAGCAAGUUUCAACAGGACAAGAGGUGAAUAAUGUGGAUGUUGUAAAAGAUGAAGAAACACCUGCUGAGGCACAAGAAGUGAAGCAGGAUCAUUCUGUGGACAUGACAGGAGGAAAUCCUGAGACCCCUCAAGGUCACUCACAGCAAGAUUCAACAGGACAAGAGGUCAAUGGAAUCCAUCCAGGCUGUACAUUCAGCUCUCAACUACAACCAUCGUUCAUCCACGAUUCAGUGAUGGCUACAACAUCGUACCUGGUGAAUAAUGUGGAUGUUGUAAAAGACGAAGAAACACCUGCUGAGGCACAAGAAGUGAAGCAGGAUCAUUCUGUGGACAUGACAGGAGGAAAUCCUGAGACCCCUCAAGACCAAUCACAGCAAGUUUCAACAGGACAAGAGGUGAAUAAUGUGGAUGUUGUAAAAGACGAAGAAACACCUGCUGAGGCACAAGAAGUGAAGCAGGAUCAUUCUGUGGACAUGACAGGAGGAAAUCCUGAGACCCCUCAAGGUCACUCACAGCAAGAUUCAACAGGACAAGAGGUCAAUGGAAUCCAUCCAGGCUGUACAUUCAGCUCUCAACUACAACCAUCGUUCAUCCACGAUUCAGUGAUGGCUACAACAUCGUACCUGGUGAAUAAUGUGGAUGUUGUAAAAGACGAGGAAACACCUGCUGAGGCACAAGAAGUGAAGCAGGAUCAUUCUGUGGACAUGACAGGAGGAAAUCCUGAGACCCCUCAAGACCAAUCACAGCAAGUUUCAACAGGACAAGAGGUGAAUAAUGUGGAUGUUGUAAAAGACGAAGAAACACCUGCUGAGGCACAAGAAGUGAAGCAGGAUCAUUCUGUGGACAUGACAGGAGGAAAUCCUGAGACCCCUCAAGGUCACUCACAGCAAGAUUCAACAGGACAAGAGGUCAAUGGAAUCCAUCCAGGCUGUACAUUCAGCUCUCAACUACAACCAUCGUUCAUCCACGAUUCAGUGAUGGCUACAACAUCGUACCUGGAGAAAAGAUAUGAAUUGUUUGCAAUUUGGCACCACAUAGGAGGCUAUGGAAGUGGCCACUACUAUGCUGAAAUCAAAUCAGACUCUGGUGACUGGUACAAUUUUAAUGAUAAAGAUGUUAAAAAGGAAAACGAUAUCGAUCCAUGCUCCAAAACUGCUUACAUGCUUAUGUACAGACUGAACGAUACAAACCCCGAAACAGAACCGUCGGCCGGAGUGUCAAAGAAUUCAAUGGGCGAUUCAGAGUACGGGGAAGCCAGUACUCAACUGGGAGAAGUGGAAGCCGGCGCUCAUCCGGGUCCAGGGGAACCGGCACUCGGCCAGGUGAAGGGGAAGGCAGCGCCCGGCCGGGUGAAGGGGAAGGCGGCGCCCGGCCGGGUGAGGAGGAAGACAGCGUUCGGCCGGGUGAGGGGGAAGACAGCGUUCGGCUGGGUGAAGGGGAAGACAGCGUUCGGCCGGGUGAAGGGGAAGGCAGUGCUCGGUUGGGUGAAGAGGAUGACAGCGUUCGGCCGGGUGAAGGGGAAGACAGCGUUCGGCCGGAUGAUGGGCCCUGACUCGAGAUUUGGCAACAAACUAUCCCCCACCAACUAGAGAAGUGAGAGCACGCGAGCACGGAGCCCCCAGCAGCCGAUCUGCUGUUCCAUUUUCUCCUGCGAUACUUCAGCUGGUGGCACCAGCGUAGAACUGGCUCAUCCCCAGUGCCACAGAACCUUGGAACCCCAAAAGUGCGCUCAUUGUCUAGACCGUGUCUUUGGGAUAUCAGAAAACGGCCAGUCAUGAGUGCCCGGCAGCGGGUCGCAAUGCUACAAAGAACUGAAAUUUGAGUGUAGCUCCAGGUCAGGAUCUUCGACAGAACCCCAUCCACCUUGAAACGGUAAAAGAGAGAUAUUAAAGGUGGAAAUUAAGCUGUUGAGCUCAAACGAGUUGCUGUUGAGCACCAUCGAAGCUUGUGUUGCAAAGGUGACUAACUGAACUCUAGCAUGAGAAGAAAUAAAGUACUAAAUACACAUUGCGCUUUCUCACUGAGCUUCAAUAACACCUAUUGUUCUUGUAUCUGUAGUUUUGCUGUUAUUCUCUCUCCUCUCACCCAGAACAAACAUAGUACUACCAGUUCUCAACUGUUUCCCCACUAGUCUUCACAUUCAAAGAAUUAUCCUGGGCAAAUUUUGUCACAUUGAAUGUGAUGUCAUCACCAGGAAUACUUUCCUGAUGAAGGUUCUUGGCCUGAAACUUCUACUGUUCCUUUCCUUCCAUUGAUACAGCCUGAUCUCUUCACAACCACAGAUUCAGCUGUGCAGCAGAUUCAGCAAUCACGCUUGUGAAUAUGCAAGCACCAGCUAAGUAUUAUUUCAUUACGGUGGUAUUUAACUCCCUCCAUUUCAUUAUAGUGAUUGUCGAGAUUUGAGCAAAGCACAGCAACGUUACACUGCCUGCUUGCAUUCGGACUUGCCUGAGAAAAUGAACCGUCGAGUGGACUGAUGCUGAAGACUAGCGUUAUUCAUUUUAUAUUCAGAUAUUGCUUUCAUCUCCAGUGCUGGCAUCUAUUUUUCUGUUUGAGAAUUUUAUUAAUGUCCCUGUUUGGCCUGGUGUUUUUGUUUUCCUUUCUCUUAAAACCCUGUUCAUAUUGAAGCCGGUGAACUAUCAACCCACUUCAGUGUCUCUCCAUACUUGGGCCAUAUCUGAAUGUACAACAGCAAGUCUCAACCACACAAAGACCGACCCAGCAGCGAUAGAGCAGCUGACCUUGACCCUGAGAGUUAUUGGUCAGGUAGGGGACAAGCUUCAGGCAAUUGAGUCUGUUCUGGGUGAAAUUACUGAAGCAAUGAGGCAGAUAAGAUCAUGCCAGCAAGCCAAGUCUCAUCUGGAGGACCAGGUAUCAUCCUUCACAGCAACUGUUCAGUUCACCUUUCUAUGGAUUUCAUCUCUGGUCUUCCCCUAUCUAUUGGCAACACUACCAUUUUGGUUGUUGUGGAUUGAUUCUCCAAGGCUGCCCACUUCAUUGCCCUCCCUAAACUGCCACCAGCUCUUCAGACUGCCACACUCAUGUUUCAACAUGUGUUCAGGCUCCACAGCUUCCCUCAGGACAUGGUGUCUGAUCGUGAACCACGGUUCACUUCCCACUUUUGGGAGGCAUUCUGCUCUCUUGUAGGAGCCAUGGCCAACCUCUCAUCUGGUUUUCACCCCUGAUCCAAUGGCCAGACUGAGAGAGUGAAUCAAGAGCUGGAGGCAGUCUUGCCUCUUCCAACCCCAUGUCCUGGAGUUCCUAAUUGGUUUGGGAAGAGAUCACCCACAAUAACCUCCAGUCAUAGUCCGCUGGUAUGUUCCCUUUGAAUGCCUGAAAGGAUUCCAAAUGCUGUCCUUCCCUGAUCAGGAGAGUGAUGCAGGAGUUCCUGCUGCUGAACAGCUGAUCCAGUGCUACAAAUGCACCUGGAGACAAGCCGGGCUUCUCUGCUGCACGUCCUGAAACAACAUGCCCGGCAGGCUGAUCAGCAACAUCGACAGGUGAGACCUUUCAAGCCAGGAGAAGAGGUCUGGCUGGUAUCAAGGGAUCUUCCCCUGAAAGUUGGGAGUCACAAAUCAUCUCUGCACUACAUGGGACCAUCUGUAGUGGAAAAAGUCUUGUAUAGAUUACGUCUACCAGCACCAAUGAAGAUCUGCCCAGUGUUCCAUGAUUCCCAGCUCAAGUCAGUUACUAUCUCUCCCCUGGCCCGUCACCCCACCUCCUCCUCCCUGCUCGGUAGAUGGUUCCCUGGUCUAUUGUGUGCAGUGGUUCCUGGCAUCUCGCUGGGUACAUGGUAAGGUCCAGUACCUCGUGGAUUGGGAGGAUAUGGUCCUGAAGAACAUUCUUGGACAAGUUGCUUAUCCAGGACUUCCAGUGGGCACAGCUCUGUGGGGCACCUCAGGAGCUGCAACUAGGGAAGGAGCCGGGUCACAUCCACAGACUCAGCUGCCAGCAGAUCCAGCAAAUGUCCUCCUGAAUAUGUACGGGUCAGCUAAUUAUUAUAUGAUUUUGGCAGCAUUUAUCUCCCUUCUUUUCAUUGUAGUGCUUAUUGAGACGAGCAAAGCACAGCAAUGUUACGCUGUCUGCUUGCAUUCGGCCUUGCCUGAGAAAGUGGAUAUUGAGUCGACUGACCCUGAAAUCAGCCGUUUUCAUUUUAUAUUUAGGUAUUCCUUUAAGCUGCAGUGUUGGCAUCUAGUUUUCCAUUGGAGUGUUUUAGUAAGCGGCCCUAUUUGUC